AUGGAGCUGGAGCGGCCGGCGCCCGGCGAGGUGUGCAUGAGCCAGGCCAUCCAGCCCACGCACGCCAACCUCCGCGGAGAGCUGAGCGCCGCUCAGCUGCUCAAGUGGAUCGACGCUACCGCCUGCCUGGCGGCUGAAAAACAUGCUGGGGUUUCCUGUGUUACAGCCUCAGUGGAUGACAUACAAUUUGAGGAGACAGCUAGAGUUGGACAAGUUAUAACCAUCAAAGCGAAAGUUACUAGAGCGUUCAGCACAAGCAUGGAGAUCAGCAUCAAGGUCACAGUACAGGACAUGUUCACUGGCAUUGAGAAACUUGUUAGUGUGGCUUUCUCUACAUUUGUAGCCAAACCAGUUGGAAAAGAAAAGAUUCAUUUAAAACCAGUCACACUUCUAACUGAACAAGAUCAUGUGGAACAUAAUCUGGCUUCUGAGAGAAGGAAAGUUCGAUUACAACAUGAAGAUACUUUUAAAAACUUGAUGAAGGAAAGUGGCAAGUUUGAUGAUCCCACUUGUGAUGAAGAAGAAGGAACGGUUUCCACGAGGGGCACCUCUGUGCAGAGCAUUGAACUUGUCCUCCCACCCCAUGCAAACCAUCAUGGAAAUACAUUUGGUGGCCAGAUCAUGGCUUGGAUGGAGACGGUGGCUACUAUUUCUGCAAGCCGCCUGUGUCGAGCGCAUCCCCUUCUGAAGUCCGUGGACAUGUUUAAGUUCCGGGGACCAUCUACAGUUGGAGAUCGUCUUGUCUUCAAUGCCAUUGUCAACAAUACAUUUCAGACCUGUGUCGAAGUGGGAGUGCGCGUGGAGGCCUUUGACUGCCAGGAGUGGUCUGGGGGCCAGGGCCGUCAUAUCAACAGUGCUUUUCUCAUUUAUAAUGCUGUCAAUGAUAAGGAAGAACUGAUCACAUUUCCCAGAAUCAAACCGAUGUCAAAGGAUGAUUUUAGACGGUAUCGUGGAGCUCUUGCACGCAAGAGAAUUCGCCUAGGCAGAAAAUACAUUAUUUCCCACAAAGGAGAGGUUCCACUUUGCAUACACUGGGAUACUGGCAACCAGGUAUCCUUGAGUAAUGGCAAUGUGGAGGCUCUCAAAAGCCUGGCAGCCAAAAGUGGUUGGGAGAUUACCAGUGCUGUGGAAAAGAUAAAAAUAUAUACUCUCGAAGAGGACAAUAUUUUAUCUGUUUGUGUUGAAAAGCAUGUGGAAAGACCCGCACACUUGGCUUAUCAUCUCUUGUCCGACUUUACCAAGCGACCUUUGUGGGACCCCCAUUAUAUGUCCUGUGAAGUCAUAGACUGGGUAAGUGAAGAUGAUCAGAUAUAUUAUAUCACUUGUCCUGUGGUGAAUGAUGACAAACCCAAAGACUUGGUAGUACUUGUUUCACGGAGAAGGCCUCUCAAAGAUGGUCACACUUACACGGUGGCAGUGAGGUCAGUUAUUCUGCCAUCAGUCCCACCUUCUCCACAGUACGUCAGAAGUGAAAUCAUAAGUGCCGGAUUUCUCAUCCGUGCUAUUGACAGCAGUUCAUGUACCGUAUCUUACUUUAACCAGAUUUCUGCUAGCAUCCUUCCUUACUUUGCUGGAAAUCUUGGUGGCUGGUCAAAAUCCAUUGAAGAGACAGCAGCCUCCUGUAUACAAUUCAUAGAGAACACUACUGAUGAUGGGUUGAAAAGCAUAUUUUAAAUGAUAACCUUUAAAUUAUCUGUCAUUUUAUUUUCCACUUUCAAUUUCAAGCACCCUUAGCUCUGACACUUGACAAGCUUCUGGGCCACAAAUAAUUUAAUAUCAGUCUAAGCAAAAUGCAGUUAUGAAGAGGUUAAAAAACAAAAUGCAUCCCAAGUCCAAUACCAGUGAUUUGGGUUAACAUUAAAAGAGCUUUAAAACUCUGUUUUAGAUCACCCGUGGCUUUGCUCCCUUCCAGGGGCACAGGCAAUGGAAAAUUUCCCACAUGCAAUAUUGUGUGUUCUGUAAAAUGGUGGAAGUUAGGUUAAAAUAAUCAAAACAUUUUUAGGCUACAUGUUCUGUUUGAAAGUUUACAAAAUUUUAUAAAAUCAGAAAUGAUAAGUUGGCUAGUUGAUUAAUAGUAUGGGGUUGUUCCAUGUACAGCAGGUAUCUGUAUGUCAGGAGCAUCUGACAAGAUGUAUUACAUGUUUUAGAGCUUUAAAUUAGGAAGACAUUAAAACAUAAUGGAAUCCAAUCAAUUUUAGUAAUAGGAACUACUUUCCUAGUGUCAUUUAACAUAUAUCAAGUCAGCUGACCAAUUUAGUAUCUAUUGCUCUAUCUACACUCACAAAGUACCUGCAAAAUGUGAUAUUGUAGAGAAAGCAUUAACUGAGCUCUACUUUCAUAAUCAUUACAUUAGAACUUUAUUCCCUAGGCUUUUUAAAAAAAUUUAUUUAUUUUAUUUUUGGCUGUGUUGGGUUUGUUGCUGCACAUGAGAUUUCUCUAGUUGCGGCGAGCAGGCGCUACUCUUCAUUGCGGUACACAGGCAUCUCAUUGUGGUGGCUUAUCUUGUUGUGGAGCACGGGCUCUAGGUGCGCGGGCUUCAGUAGUUGUGGUACGUGGGCUCAGUAGUUGUGGCCCAUGGGCUUAGUUGCUCCGCGGCACAUGGGAUCUUCCCGGACCAGGGAUCAAACCCACGUCCCCUGCAUUGGCAGGUGUUCUUAACCACUGCACCACCAAGGAAGUCCCCCUAGGCUUGAACAUUUAUCAUUUUACUCUGUCUGUGAUUUGUCUUAACUCAUAAGACAAACCAGCAUACGUCAAGUUAGCAUCCUCUACAGGACAACUUCUAAAAGUUAAAGGACUUCUCCGUUAAGAGUUUAAAGCACUUAAGAGAUUAGUUACAUCCUGCUUUAGUUUGUCAAAUCUUUACUUCUGUCCAAAUCUGGUUGUAAUUAUUUUUAUUAAUCUGUGCCAGCAGAUUUUCAUUUAUAUGAACUUUGGACUGUGCCCCAAUUUUAUGAAUUAACAUUUAUAUACAAUAAGAAGAGUGGAUAUGUAGAUUAAAAAAU